CUGCAGAGGGAUCGCGCGCCAGAUGCAGAUUCCAGCUGUGAGCUCGUGAGGCCGAGCGUCAGUUUCUCCUCCGGUGGUUCGGUUCGGGUCUGUUCGGUUCAGCUCGAACUGGUGCGUCUUUUGGGGCUUUUUUCUCAGUUUGGGCCCAGUUUGUUCUCCCCGGAACCACCGCUACUUCUUCUGAACUGAAACUUCGCAGCCUCUCAAGUCCCGUUCACCGCUGCUUCAGGGUUCGGGUUCUGCUCUGCUCUGCUAUAUGAACCUUUCAAACUGAACCUGGUCUCCCACCGGUCCAAUAAUGGGUUGGAGUUUCCCGGUUCUGCUGACAGUUCUGUGCGGUCAGCUGUCGGCUGGAGUCCCGGACGGGGCGGACAUUCAAGUGAUCGACGUGCUGAGUCUGCAGGACUCCAAGCAGAGCGUCGCAGCGGUGGAGAAAUUGUCCGGAAGUCUGAGCGCGCUCAGUGACAUCUACGUGGUGUCAACGUUCCGACUGCCGGUCAAGAUGGGCGGGGUUCUGUUCGGACUCUACAGCAAGCAGGACAACAGGAAGUACCUGGAGGUCGCUGUCAUGGGAAAGAUCAGCAAAGUCCUGGUCCGGUACAUCAAAGCUGACGGGAAGGUCCACACUGUGAACCUGCAGAACUCCAACCUGGCUGACGGGCGGACUCACUCCAUCAUCGUGAGACUUGGUGGCCUUCAGCGCAGCAACAUGCACGUGGAACUGUACGCCGACUGCCGAUUGGCAGACUCCAGCCAAGGCGUGCCUUCAUUGGUUCCUCUGCCCAGAGAGGCAGAGAUGGUGGAGAUUCGACACGGACAGAAAUCGUACGCCCGACUUCAGGGCGCAGUAGAGUCCCUCCGCCUGGCUCUAGGGGGCAGCGUUGCUAAAGCAGGAGCUCUGACUGACUGUCCGUUCCAAGGAGACUCGUCAGCCUACAACUCAGUGAGCGGAGAUGUCCAGUCCAUCCUGGGUGAACACACCAAGGCUCUGAUUGGUCAGCUCAUCAUCUUCAACCAGGUCCUGGGAGAGCUGCGGCAGGACAUCAGAGAGCAGGUAAAGGAGAUGUCUCUGAUCAGGAACACCAUCCUGGAGUGUCAGGUUUGUGGUUUCCAUGAACCACGGUCUCGCUGCUCUCCAAAUCCAUGCUAUAAAGGAGUCUCCUGCAUGGACAGCCUGCAGUACCCUGGAUACACUUGUGGACCGUGUCCACCUGGAACCACGGGCAACGGGACACACUGCAAGGACAUCGAUGAGUGUGAGCUGCAGCCUUGUUAUUCUCCUGGAGCCUGCGUGAAUACCAUGGGGGGUUUCAGCUGCAAGCCGUGUCCUCCAGGCCUGUGGGGGGCGCCACUGGCUGGAACUGGACUGGACUACGCUAAGACACACAAACAGCAAUGUGUGGACAUUGAUGAGUGUGUGGAUCUUACGGACGCCUGUGCAUCAAACUCUGUCUGCAUCAACACUGUGGGUUCUUACAAAUGCGGAGGCUGUAAACCUGGUUUCUUUGGCAACCAAACAUCAGGCUGCUUCCCCAGGAACUCAUGUGCUGCGUUGACCUUUAACCCUUGUGACACCAACGCCCACUGCACCAUGGAGAGGAAUGGAGAGGUUUCCUGCAGGUGUAACGUGGGCUGGGCCGGGAAUGGACACACGUGUGGGAUGGACACGGACAUUGACGGUUAUCCCGACCGCUCUCUGCCCUGCAUGGACAACGACAAACACUGCAAACAGGACAACUGUGUGUUCACCCCAAACUCGGGUCAGGAGGAUGCGGACAACGACGGGAUCGGAGACCAGUGCGACGAGGACGCAGACGGAGAUGGCAUCAAGAACGUGGAGGACAACUGCCGUUUGGUCCCAAACAAAGACCAGCAGAACUCGGACAGCGACUCUUUUGGAGACUCGUGUGAUAACUGUCCCACCGUCCCCAACAGUGACCAGAAGGACACGGACAACAACGGACAGGGAGAUGCCUGCGACCAGGACAUAGAUGGAGAUGGUAUUCCCAACGUUCUGGAUAACUGUCCCAAGGUUCCCAACCCAAUGCAGACGGAUAGAGACAGAGACGGAGUCGGAGACGCCUGUGACAGUUGUCCUGAGCUCAGCAACCCUAUGCAGACGGACGUGGACAAUGACCUGGUGGGAGACGUCUGUGACACCAACCAGGACACGGACGGAGAUGGUCACCAGGACACCAGAGACAACUGUCCUGACAUUCCCAACAGUUCCCAGCUGGACUCCGACAACGACGGCCUCGGAGACGACUGCGACCACGACGACGACAACGACGGUGUCAACGACGACUACGACAACUGCAGACUGAUCAUCAACCCGAACCAGAAAGACUCAGAUGCUAAUGGAGUCGGAGAUGUCUGUGAGAACGACUUCGACAACGAUGCCGUGAUGGAUCUAAUUGACGUGUGUCCAGAGAGCGCCGAGGUCACUCUGACGGACUUCCGAGCCUUUCAGACGGUGAUCCUGGAUCCUGAAGGCGAGGCUCAGAUCGACCCCAACUGGGUGGUUCUGAAUCAGGGGAUGGAGAUUGUGCAGACGAUGAACAGUGAUCCUGGUUUAGCUGUUGGCUACACAGCGUUUAAUGGGGUCGACUUCGAAGGAACGUUCCACGUCAACACAGUGACAGACGACGACUACGCCGGCUUCAUCUUUGGAUACCAGGAUUCCUCCAGCUUCUACGUGGUGAUGUGGAAGCAGACGGAGCAGGCGUACUGGCAGUCCGUCCCCUUCAGAGCCACGGCCCAGCCCGCCCUGCAGCUCAAGGCAGUGAAGUCCCGAACCGGACCGGGUGAGUUUCUGAGGAAUGCUCUGUGGCACACUGGAGACACACCUGGAGAGGUGAAGCUGCUCUGGAAGGACCCCCGAAACACCGGCUGGAAGGACAAAACCUCGUACCGCUGGCAGCUGAGCCACCGGCCGCAGGUGGGGUACAUCAGGGUGAAGCUGUUUGAGGGGAGGGACAUGGUGGCGGACUCCGGUGUCGUCAUCGACACGACGAUGAGAGGAGGCCGACUUGGAGUUUUCUGCUUCUCGCAGGAAAACAUCAUCUGGUCCAACCUGCGCUACAGAUGUAACGACACGGUGUCUGAAGACUUUGCAGCUCAUCGUCAACAGGUUCUCAUGCACAUUCAGGUCUGAGCGCAGCAGACGGACUGUACACACACACACACACACACACACACACAUACAGAUACAGUGAAUAAACCCCUCAGAGAGCCGAGCUUCUGUGGAUCCAUGCUACCUGUAGUCUGACUGGGAGUUGAGCUGUUUAAAGGGACUGAUGGGAAGCUUGAUUUGGCUGUUUCCAUGAAGCAACCAGGAUCUGCUCACAAAACAUGAGAAGAGAUGUUCCUACCAUGUUUGCUUCUGUCCUGGUUUAUGAGCCGGUUUGGUGGGAACCUAACAAACAUCAGCUUGUUCUCCAUUAACGGACUCUAAAUAAAAACAUGCUGUGCACGGUGCCGCUCCAGAAUUUGUUUGGCUCAUUAUGAGUUUCAGGACCAGGGUGGUCCAUAUGUCAGUAGCUUGUUGGUCUGAUAUAAAAUGUAACAUUGCAUUUAAUUUAUCAGUUUUUUUAUUUUGGAAUUCAACAAGAGCGCAGCAUGUGUCACUUAAACUUUUACAUUUUUAAUUAAAGUAUUUUUCAAAAAUAAA